AUGGAGACUAAACUUGAAAAUUUCGAUAUUGAAGAUAGCAUAAAAUUUCAAGAACUAGAUUGCAUCUCUCUUGAAGAUAAAGCAAUAGAUGAAAAAUCAAAUGCAAGCGAUUUGCAUAUUAAAUAUGGACCCGACGGAGAUGAUUCUAAGAUAGAAAUUAACAUUUUCUCUGGGGAAGAAAUAGACGAAAAAGAAGAUUCUCGCCUGAAAAUUAAUACCAAUAUUUCCUUUAGUGAUGAAAUAAACGAAAAAUCUAUUAAUAACAAAUUUGAAUUAAAUUCUGACGGGUUCGAAAUUACUACCAGCGGGCUCGAUAUUACAGAAAUAAAAGGUUCAUGUCGAAAAGAGUUUUACGAUAUUGUGGGUGAGAAUUGUCUCUUUGAUGAUGAUGAUCUUUUUCUUAAAUCGCAAAAUUUAUUGAAUAAUAAUAUUUAUAAGUCAUUAUUCGGUGGAUCUAGACAUAGAAAAUUAAAUUCAGGAGAAUUACACCAGCAAAAUGUUCAAGAUGAGCAACGUCAAGAAAAAGAAUUUCAGGCAAAGUUUCAAAUUAAUAAACAGUUUAAAAAACAUCACCGAGAGGUGAAUGAUCAUGAAGAAAUUCAAGAUGAACAAUUUUCUCAAGAACCAAGUGAUCAAUUACUUCAGGAGAAGCACCGAAAAGAAAAUGAACAACAACUAAAAACUCAAAGAGAAUACGACCAUCGAGAAGAAAUGACCAAACGAGAACAAUGCGUUGAAGAACAACUGCACCAAUAUAAAGAUGGUCGAAGGCAUCAGCGAGAACUUCCAUUCUCGGAAAAGAAAUAUCCGAAUGAACGAAAAGAUAAUUUUUUUUAUCAAGAGCAAACAUUAUUUCAAGUUUCGGCCAAAAAGUAUUUAGAAAGUCAACAAAGAAACGAGCAAUUUUCUGAAAUAACAUCAUCUCUUAUAAAUACUCAUGACAAAAGGAAUGCAGAUAAAUAUAUGAGUCAAUUGGAAAGAAAAACGGAAAAAAGUCGUCAAUUCUUAUCUAAAGGGAAGUGUAGAAGCACUCAAGGUCAUUUCGAUGAAAAAUACGACAAAGGAAAUGUUGCGCACACCAACAAUGAAAAACUAGAGAUUCAUGUAACAUCUCUGCAGAAAAAGUACGAAGCUUUGAAGAGACAGCUGGAAUACUCACGUCUGUAUAUUCUCAAAGCUGAAGAAGAACGUGAUGAAGCACAAAAGGCGUUGACUAUGGCUAAGCAAGAAAUCGCACAAAUGAAUGAAAAAUAUGAAUACUUUAACGGAACACAAAAUCCGAAAACCAAACCUAUAUUUGUAUCAUCAACAGCUUCUUCCUCGACAUCAUUAAAUUAUAAAUCGGAUGAAUGGAUUGCAGGGAAUACAAACACUGAAAAACUGAAAAAUGUGGUUAAAACUUUUGCAAAUGAUAAAGGACAAUAUGUUAAUUCGAGAAAUAAUUCAUAUGUACGUCGACAGAAGCAAUAUGAAAAUCAAUAUACUGAUUCUAUGGAAACGCAAGACAAUUGUCUUUUCACCAAUGGGCACAAUCAGUUUAAUAGUUAUAGAAAAUAUUAUGAAAAUCCUAAUCAAUUUGCAAGUUCUUCUCAGGAUAGGCAAUAUUACAACCCCAAAAAUAAUAUGAGUGAUCAAAAAAAGUUUGGCCAUAUUCAACAGCAGAAAAAAUAUAAAGAUAUAAGAGAUGAAAUUCCUUAUAGUGAUUCAAGAAAAAGUACACGAAAACAACCUGAUUUCUCACAUAAUCACUUUGAAUACUCUGACGAUCAAAUAACGGAUCAAAAUAAUUCUUUUCAGGAUAAAUCAAGAUGGAUGGACGUUAAAAAUGGUAAAUCAUAUCGCAAAAAACUUCCAUUUAUCAUUGGAAUGGACCCUGGAAAAUCAACUGUCAAUCUGCAACAAACCUUUGCUACGUCAAAAAGCUAUAAUACCAAAUCAUGUUUUAUAUGUAAAAAGAACAGGAUUCCGGAAAAUAAUAAAUUUUCACAUAAUCAAGAAAUUUCCGGUAUUGAUAUUGCAUUGGUUAGAAUUAUUAGUAAUAUAACUGAUGAAUUAGCGCACCUGAAAAUCAAUUUAGUUAAUGAAUACCAAGCUAUUGAUCCAGUAGGCAAUAAAGCAAGAAGGGUUGCAUUAAUUAAGGAAAUGAAAGAAGUUAUGGAUAAUAUGGAAAUGAAGGGAGAUCAAAUUGCAACGUUACAUAGUGUGCAAAAAGGUUAUCAAACUCGCAGUAGAUAUGAUAAUAAUGUAUUAGGAGAAACCAGAGUACAAGAAAAAGAUGCUUAG